CAUGUCCGUGCCCACAACUGCUCCGUCCUCCCAAGUUCCAGCCCCCCAAAGCCCGCGAGAUCCAAAGCCGAACGCCACUAGUUAGCUUGGAAGAGAAGGGCGGCCAGCAGAGGGGCUAGGGGGGUGAGAAUGGCGGCGGGCGGAGGCGGCGGCUACAGGGCGGAGGACGACUACGACUACCUGUUCAAGACGGUGCUCAUUGGCGACUCCGGCGUGGGCAAGUCCAACCUGCUCUCGCGGUUCACCAAGAACGAGUUCUGCCUCGAGUCCAAGUCCACCAUCGGGGUCGAGUUCGCCACCCGCAGCAUCCAGGUCGACGGCAAGGUCGUCAAGGCCCAGAUUUGGGACACCGCCGGCCAAGAGAGAUACCGUGCUAUUACAAGUGCCUAUUACAGAGGAGCAGUAGGUGCACUGCUUGUCUAUGAUGUAACUCGACGUGCUACAUUCGAUAAUGUGGCACGCUGGCUAAAAGAGCUGAGAGAUCACACUGACCAUAGUAUUGUUGUCAUGCUAGUUGGCAACAAAUCUGAUCUCCGCCAUCUGGUAGCUGUUUCAACUGAAGAUGGAAAGGAAUAUGCGGAGGCUGAGUCAUUGUACUUCAUGGAGACAUCUGCAUUAGACGCCACAAAUGUAGAGAAUGCUUUUGCAGAAGUGUUGACUCAGAUAUACCAAACUGUCAGCAAGAAGACGGUCGAGGCAUCAGAUGAUGGAUCGAAUGCUCCAAUCAAAGGGGAGAAGAUUAAUGUGAAAGACGACGUAUCUGCACUGAAGAGAAUUGGCUGUUGCUCAAAUUAGAGUAUAGAUGCAUUUCUUGUUGAUUUUUUCGACUAGGUGUGCGGCUGUAUGUUGCUUCUAUUGAAAGAGGUUCAUUUGUUCCAUUUUGUUGUGGUCAUAUUGAGAGUAAGAUUGUUCCAACUUUCAGUUAUAUAUCUCUUAAAAGUCUUAGCUCAAGACAGCUCCUUUCGUCAGAUUGAUUACAGCUUACUGUAUUCGAUAUAAUUCU